UCACGGACGUCACUGGCCGCCGAUGGACACGACGAGCGCCGGCGACGUCGGGGCCAGAAGAGUCAAAGGUGCUCGACCAGGAGGGUGCUGAGCCUCGGUCUUGUCUUCGGGAGGUCACUUCUCCUGCGACGCUUCGUGCUUCCCGCGAACGAACAGAAGUUAACUCAAGAUGGUGGUCAACAUCCUAGGGGCGCUGGUGGGGCUCGUCAAGGUCCGCAUCGCCCACACUAGCAUCGACAGCAGCGUCUUCCGCCUCCACUACAGAUGGACGACCUCCUUCUGCUACCUCGCCUGCUUGCUCGUCGCCGCCUCAGACUUCAUAGGGAAUCCUAUUACGUGCAUGAGUGGCGGGGGCGUGGUCGCGAAGCCUAUAAAUACCUAUUGCUGGAUAGAGUCCACUUUUACCAUCAAUAUUUCGGCCCCUGGAGAAUCUUCCUUCUACCACGGGAAUACUUACCACGGUGUCGGACAGUAUGACCCUGAACAGCAUACCAAAACAUACCACGCCUAUUACCAAUGGGUUCCCUUCGUCCUGUUCUUCCAGGGCUGCCUUUUCUACCUGCCUCACCUCUUGUGGAAGGCCAAGGAGAACAAAAUGGCGAACACACUCCUUCAGGGUCUCAACAGAAACUCGAUCUGCGAAGAUAAUGAGAAGAAGAAGGAGAAUAUCAUUAAGUACAUGAGGGUGUCCGCCGGCAGGAAUGGCUGUUACUCUAUCGUCUACAUUGUCUGCGAAGCUCUCAAUUUUGUUAACGUGAUCGGCCAGAUGUUCCUCCUUGACAGGUUCUUUGGAGGAGCGUUCAUCGAGUACGGGCUGAAGAUCAUAAACUUCGACUUGAAUGACGACGAAGCGCACGACCCCCUCGCCACGACCUUCCCGAGAGUGACGCAGUGCAGCUUCAAGAAAUUCGGAGCCUCUGGCACCAUCGAGACGCGGGAGUCGCUGUGCAUCCUUCCCCAGAACAUCCUGAACGAGAAGGUCUUCAUCCUGAUGUGGUUCUGGUUCGUCAUCCUGGCCACCAUCACCGCCAUGCAUCUGGUGUGGCGCAUCGUGCUGAUGGCGAGCCCCUUGGCGCGCAUCAAGUGGAUCGAGCAGCGCGGCAAGCUCGCGACCACGCCCAAGGUGGAGCAGGGUCUCCGCCAGCUGCCCCUCGGAGAUUACUUCCUGCUGGACAUCAUGGCGGAAAACCUGGACGCCAUCACCUUCAAGGACAUCCUUCUGGGCUGCACCACCAAUUCCGACGAAGCAGGCGCCAACAACGGGUCGUACAGACCGUUCCCCACCGUGGACGAUGACGACCCUGUCAGCUACAAGAGGCAGAUGGAGGCCUUGUCCGACACCGCCGUCUAGGGAAAAGCUGGAUACAACUUAGACUUUAGGUUCCAAGUCAUUUUUUGUAACCGAUCUUGGGCAAAAUGUCUCAGUGAAAUGGGUCGAUUUUUUUUCUUUUCUCAUUUUUUUUUUUUUGUUUUUCCCUUUUUUUUGCACUUGAUCGGAAAACGAGAGAUCGUGAUAUUUUUCAAUACUUGUUCAUUCGUUUUUCCUUUUCACUUUGACACUUAAUUUAAGCAAGAAAUGAUAAUGGCCGCUUGUACUAUAGCCAUGUCUUUGUAUAUUACUUUUUGUUAAUAAAGAUAAAAAAAAU